CGGAUCUCCGAGGCGUUGAAAGUACACACCACGCCGGAGCACGUUGCCCAGGCCAAGGUUUUGGAAGCCGCGGGAGGAGGACCCGGCGGAGGUGGAAAAAAUAAUGCGUCGGGCGCGUCUAAAGCAACGAAAGCGGGCACACCACACCUGCGGUUUCUGCAGCGGGUUCGCGACUCGACGAAAAAGCUGAUUCGGUAUUUCCGCUCGACAAACAAGGACAACUGGACCAUUGUGUUUCAGAAUUUAACCGCAAGAGAACUGCGGAACGUUUUAUCCCGUUUCUCGGACGAAGGCAUCAGCACGGACCAGGGCGAAGGCGAGCAGCAAACUAUCGAAAGGAAAAAUCCCCCCUCCCCAUAUCAAAACGGAAUUUCUGAUGCCGGAUUUGUGUACACAAAUCAGCUUUGUAUUGCAGAGAGGCACUGCGGUCAGAUCCCCAGGCUAGGUCGGGGCGUAUGGGUCUAGUUUUUCAGCAUGGCAAGCGGGUCACUUUUAGGGCCAACAGCAUGACAAAUCGCUUCCAUAGUGGGGCGGAAGCUUCUGCCCUUGUCUUCUUGUAGUACAGAUGUGAUUUGCGACCUCAAAUCAGCAACGCAAAUUCUCGGAAACAUACCUUUUCGAUAUGGGGAGGGGGGAUUUUUGCUUUUGAUACAAACGGGAAGGUUCCGGCGGCUCUUGGGCGGGGCGCAGAAGAAGGCACAUGCUGG